CCGCCCCCACGACGGCGGGAGGCGACCGCGCGCCCCCGCCCGCGGCUGCCUCAGCACUUCCGGGUCGGGGGCGGGGCGGAGCGAGGAGGUGGGUGCGUGACGUUGCCGGAGGGUCCGGGCCCGCUCGGCGCCUGUUAUUGUUCUCGCCGCCCGUUCUUCCCGUCGCCGCGUCUGCCUUUCCCCGGCGCCUCGGGGAGCGGCGGUAGGGCAACCAGCGACCGAGCGCAGCCCCCCGGUGACAGGGGCGGAGCGCGAGCCCUGACAGCGGGGGCGGGGGGAGAGCGCGCGCGUCACGAAGGAGCCAGCGGGAGCCGGAGCGGCGGGGAGCGGGCGGCCAUGGCCUACGCUUAUCUCUUCAAGUAUAUCAUCAUCGGGGACACAGGUGUUGGGAAAUCAUGUUUAUUGUUACAGUUCACAGACAAGCGGUUUCAACCAGUACACGAUCUCACUAUUGGUGUAGAAUUUGGGGCUCGAAUGAUAACUAUUGAUGGAAAACAGAUAAAGCUUCAGAUAUGGGAUACGGCAGGGCAGGAGUCCUUCCGUUCCAUUACAAGGUCAUACUACAGAGGGGCAGCAGGGGCUUUACUAGUGUAUGACAUAACAAGGAGGGACACUUUCAACCACUUGACAACUUGGUUAGAAGAUGCUCGUCAGCAUUCCAAUUCCAACAUGGUUAUAAUGCUUAUUGGAAAUAAAAGUGAUUUAGAAUCUAGACGAGAAGUCAAGAAAGAGGAAGGUGAAGCAUUUGCACGAGAGCAUGGACUUAUCUUUAUGGAGACAUCUGCCAAAACUGCUUCCAAUGUAGAGGAGGCAUUUAUUAACACUGCAAAGGAGAUCUAUGAAAAAAUCCAGGAAGGAGUUUUUGACAUAAACAACGAGGCAAAUGGCAUAAAAAUUGGCCCUCAACAUGCUGCCACUAACGCAACGCUUGCAGGCAAUCAGGGAGGACAACAAGCUGGAGGAGGCUGCUGUUGAGCCUGUUUUUACUUUCUAGCUGCCUGGAUGGGGCCUACUAACUUGUUUGUUCACCCUUCCCUCCCCCCGCCCCGCUCGCCUCCACUUCUAUUCAACUGAGACAUGAAACUUGUAAGUUGGUUUCCUGUUGCAGAAGAAGACUUUAUCCUUCAAAUUCUUGUAUAACUUUGAAUAAAUGGUUAAUGUUCACUUAAAGACAGAUUUUGGAGAUUGUAUUCAUAUCUAUUUACCUUUGAUUUCUAGGUCAAUUGAUGUGAUUAUUUUUGUUAAAUGUUGUCUUGUGCCCUUGACUACGAACUGAAUUGUAUUAAACACUACAAAGUCAUCUGAGUAUUUUAAUCAGUUUGUGUAGUUAGGUUUCCCAGCUCCUGCGGUUAACCUAAUGUUUAAUAUUGUAGAGCUGUCCUCAAGUUUUUUGUCAAUUUUCAAGGCUAUAAAGAGAAGCGGAAGGACUCUUUUAAUUCUGUAUUUAUCACUUUCUGUAUAUAUAGUUUAAUAACCUGCUUGGGUGUACUUGCCAAGCUAGAAUUCUUUAAUGCAUUUGCAUAAAUUCUAUACUACUUAGAGCUUGGAAACUACAGAAGCAUUAAUAGAAAUUGCUUGGAUGCUAAAUUUUAAGCCUUUUUGACAUUGUUAGCAUGUUCAUCCUCCCCUGUCAUUAUCCUGAAGUCCAAGAGAAAUGCUUAAUGUAUAUUACUAGAGGCUAAAUACGUGCUAUCUAUUUUAAUGCCAAAUGUUUGCUGUUUGUCCACAAUUUCCACAGCACCUCUUCAGAAAUGGAUUAGCUGUUUGCCUUAAUGAAUACGAUAGGUAAAAGCAGAGAAUGAAGGAAAAGUAGAGGAGGGGUUGGUAAAUUUAAAAUGGCACAUUAUAAAAAUGCUCAUCUUUUCUUAUUUUUUUUUUCUCACUUGUUUACCACUUGAUUUCUGGGUAUAUUUUUCAUGCAAGGACAGUUUUUUCAACCUAAAUGUACAGUGGUUGUGUAAAGUUUUCUUUUAGUGACAACUUGUAAUCCUAAAUAUAUGGUAAGCAUCUUGUCUAUUGUGAAGAGGGUGUGAAAAUAAAAUCUGCCUAUUUGGAAAUCUUGAUGAAAAUCAAA